CUCAGAGGAUGUCUGUGUUGCCACACUGAGUAGUGCCAUUUGGUAGAUUGAAGAGACAGCAUAGUUACUCAGAACUUAUAUUCUAUAAAGAAAUAAAAAAACACAGGAUUAUUCUUCAUUCAAUUUUUUCACUGGAGUUUGACAUUCAGAGAAUUAAUGGGAACGAUUUCUGAUGACAUCAGAAGGCUUCUCGAAGAUUGUGAGCUUUUUGUCUCAGGUAUUUUGCAGGAUGAAAACCUCAGCAGACAUGCUCAAGAAAAAAGAGAAAUACUACUAAACAACUUUCGAAUUGUUCACAACAGAAAUCCUCAGGAAUUUCCAUACAGACCUGAUGUCAGGUAUGAGGACAGUUCAGAUGACAACCACAGUAGCUUGGGACGCUCUGCUCCUUCUGAUGAUCAGUCUGUCCAUUCAGACAAUCAGGAGGACACUGCGCCUGAAUAUUUUGGAGAUAUUCCCAUAGUGGCAGCACAAGAUCUAAGUAAUAUUCUGAAGCAGGGCUAUCUGGAGAAAAAAAGACGGGAUCAUAGCUUAUUUAGGAUGGAGUGGCAGAAAAGGUGGUGUGUUCUGAACAAUACCAUAUUUUACUACUUUGGAAGUGAAAAAGACAAACAACAGAAAGGAUCGUUUUAUAUUAAUGGCUAUAGUGCAGAGCUGGUAUCCAACUUGCGUAAAGACUCCAAGAAAAACUGUUGCUUUGAGAUGAAUGCUCCAGGAAGGCGUUCCUACCAGUUCACUGCUAGCAGCCCCCGUGAGGCAAGGGAAUGGGUGGACCAAAUAAAUUUUGUCCUAAAGGACCUGAGUUCCAGCUUUAUCCCCUUUGAUGAUGAUGAGGAAGAGGAAGAGGAGGAUGAAGAAGAGGCAUAUGAUGAUAUAGAAAGGGCAGGAACUCCACCACCACAUCUCGGGCAGGUUUCUACUGCUGCCUUGCCUCCACCACCACCACCUAGUGGCCAGGAAGUGAAGAAGGACAGACCAGGGGCAGUAAGAGUGGAUGAAGAAGAGGAGGAAGAGGACAUCUAUGAAGUGCUGCCAGAGGAUGAGCUCUCUGACCAGUCUGAUGAGAGCACGAAGAAAAGGCAAAGAGCAGAUCCAUCAUCAGAUUACGCCAAUUACUAUCAAGGCCUGUGGGACUGUGAGGCAGACAAGCCAGACGAGCUUUCAUUUCUUAGAGGAGACCUCAUCUACAUUCUAAGCAAGGAGUACAACAUCUAUGGCUGGUGGGUUGGUGAGCUGCAUGGUAAUAUUGGUAUUGUACCCAAAGACUUCUUGCACCCUGCUUACAUUAUUUAAAUAGUUAAAGUAUGUAAAGCCCGAGUUCUAAGUCAUUGACCUUGGGCAUUCUUAAAAUCUUAAACAUACAACGCAGAUAAAAUGUCACUGACAAUUACUACGACCUAUUGAACAGAAGGCCCAAGACACACAAGAAUUCUAAUAAACAGCAUUGUCUGUGUUUGCAAACCAAAACUUUUAAAUAAGUAUGUAGUGACUAUGAUAGCCAACACCCUCUCAAUACUGACAUCUGUUGACAAAAGAAAAAAUAUAACAGCAGGAAGUAAAUAUUGAAUUAUGUCUGUUUUUUAAUAAACAGUUUUGGUCCCAAAAACGGUGUAAAAUUGUCUCAAUUAAUUAUUCUCUUUUUUUCAUAUACAUUUUC